AUGGGAGAUUUUCAAGUUGUUGGAGGAAUCAAGAAGUUAAACAACAAAAAUUACAACACAUGGGCAACAUGUAUGGAGUCUUACCUACAAGGCCAAGAUCUUUGGGAUGUCGUUAGCGGUAAUGAAGUUACGCAGCCGGAAGAAGACAUCAGUGGCAUUUUGAGGAAGUGGAAGAUCAAGGAAGGUAAGGCCAUGUUUGCCUUAAAAACCACAGUUGAAGAUGACAUGUUGGAGCACAUACGGAAGGCCAAGACACCAAAAGAAGCUUGGGACACCUUCGCCACACUUUUUUCAAAGAGGAACGAUACAAGAUUGCAACUUCUCGAGAAUGAGCUAUUAUCGGUGGCCCAACGAGACAUGACGAUUGCCGAAUAUUUUCAUAAGGUAAAGUCUAUUUGCCGUGAAAUUUCUGAGUUAGAUCCUAGUGCUGCCAUUGUAGAAUCCAGGAUAAAAAGAAUAAUUAUCCAUGGAUUGAGACUCGAAUAUCGAGGUUUCGUUGCCGCUAUACAAGGAUGGCCGACCCAACCAUCACUUGUUAAGUUUGAGAAUUUGUUUGCCGAUCAAGAAGCUUUGACAAAGCAAAUGGGAAGGGUCUCGUCAAGAGGUGAGGAGGAAGCGCUCUACACCAAAAGUAAAUGCAGCUUUAAGCAGCGUGCUGGUGGUGGAUCUAAAAGAAAUGAUGACAAGGAAAAAGGUUAUCAAGGAGGAGGGAGUUCUCGGCUAUGGGAGCUCUGA